UUCCAAAAUGCUGUUAAAUAUAAAUUGUAUGAAAUCAAGCAAAAACAACUGACAGUUUCCUGUCAAUGCAAGCCAAAUGUUCAAUAGCCAAAUUACCGUAAAAAUUGCCGACGUGCCAUCACUGCCGCGGCCACAAGCUGUUUCCCCCGCGCCUAUCGCUGGCUAUCGAUAUCGAUAGGUCGUGGGUGCCGCAGCAGCCGGCUUGGGUCAGUGUACAAAAUUGAAAUCAGCUGCUGCCAACUGAGAAGUCAGAAAUUAAAUAACAAUAACAAGGGACGACGACUCCGACUCCUGCUCCGCUUCACAGAGAGAUCGAUACAGAGGAUGACGCUGCGUGGCUCGCACCGCCUGCUGGCUAUCCUGAGGCGCUGCACUGCCUCCACCCAGCUGGUGCAGCGAAGCAGCCACACAUCAUCAUCGCACAAAGGCCAGGAUGGUGGGCAAGAUCGCCAGGAUGGCGAGCAAAAGGGAAGCGGCCAGUGGUCCUUCGGAUGGCGCAGUGUGGUCCGCUUCUUUGUGCCCUUCUCCCUGGGCGCUGUGGCCAGCACGCUGGUGAUUAACCGCGAGGAACUCACCCCAACGAUAGCCGCCAGAGCGAUGAGCAGCCGGCGACGCGACUUCAACUUCAUUGCCGACGUGGUCGCCGGCUGUGCAGACUCCGUGGUCUACAUUGAGAUCAAGGACACGCGACACUUUGACUACUUCAGCGGCCAGCCCAUCACGGCCUCGAAUGGCUCUGGGUUCAUCAUCGAACAGAACGGGCUCAUCCUGACCAAUGCCCAUGUGGUGAUCAACAAGCCGCACACGAUGGUUCAGGUGCGGCUCUCCGACGGCCGGACCUUUCCCGCCACCAUCGAGGACGUGGAUCAGACUUCCGACCUGGCCACGCUGCGCAUCCAGGUAAACAACCUCUCAGUGAUGCGCCUGGGCAAGAGCAGCACCCUCCGUUCCGGCGAGUGGGUGGUGGCCUUGGGCAGUCCCCUGGCCCUGAGCAACACUGUUACGGCGGGUGUCAUCAGCUCCACGCAACGGGCUUCCCAAGAACUUGGUCUGCGGAACAGGGACAUCAACUACCUGCAAACGGAUGCUGCCAUUACGUUCGGCAACUCGGGCGGACCCUUGGUCAACCUAGACGGCGAGGCCAUUGGCGUCAACUCAAUGAAGGUGACGGCCGGCAUAAGCUUUGCAAUUCCCAUCGACUAUGUGAAGGUCUUUUUGGAGCGGGCAGCCGAGAAGCGCAAGAAGGGUUCGGCCUACAAGACAGGGUAUCCGGUGAAGCGUUACAUGGGCAUCACCAUGCUGACGCUCACGCCUGACAUACUGUUUGAGCUAAAGUCCCGAAGCCAGAACAUGCCCAGCAACCUAACGCACGGGGUGCUGGUGUGGAAGGUCAUUGUGGGAUCUCCGGCGCACAGUGGCGGCUUGCAGCCCGGCGACAUAGUGACCCACAUCAAUAAGAAGGAGAUCAAGAACUCCUCGGAUGUCUACGAUGCCCUGGCCGACAACAGCAAAACGCUGGACAUAGUCAUACUCCGCGGCGUGAAGCAAAUGCAUGUGACCAUCACUCCAGAGGAUCCCUAAUGAGCGCACACACACACCUCACCUGUUAGCUUAGAUUUACGACCAGAUUGUGUUCGCAUGAUUUGCAAUAUAUAUAUAUUUGUAACAAUAA